GUGGAAGUGGGUGGAGCACCGAAGUUUCGCCUCGAGUAUCCGCACACGCACAUAGCAACUUUGUGCUGUCUUUUCUUUUUUCUUUUCUCUCUUUCAGUUGUUAGUUAGCGCUUCAGUGAUGGUGGAGAAGACUUACCUUCGCUACGUGGUCGGUCCACAGGGUGGCGCCGUGGUCAGCAGCGCGGCUCUCGCGAUGGGCGCCGCUGUCGUACCACCUCGCUAUAGCACUGCACAGAACAGCAGUACCAGCAGAAGUUAUAAUGGGGCUCCCCUUCAUGGACGCGUGAACAACGGCAGCAGCAACAACAACCGAAGUCGCCCUGUCGGUCCGUUGGUGUCCGCCGCUGCCGCCGUCGUCUUCGUCCCGUCCUUGGAGGCUGUCCGCGUCUACUCGGUGCGCAGCGGCGAACUGCUGCACACACUAAUUCCGGCGGAGGCGAAGAUGCCGGUGGAAGUGACGACGUUGCACGUUGUCCCGCUGGAGACCUCCUCGACCAGCAGUCACCACCUGCCGCAUGCGGAUCGGAGGAGUACGACGGGCAGCAACAUUAUCACCGACAGUGGCGUUGCCCCUGGCACGCAGGCCUCCUUCCAAACCGGAUGGUGGCUGUUUGUGGGGUACGCCAACGGCUACGUGGCGGCCUUCUCGUGCAGCGCGGCGAACAACUACGGUCUGCCCGUCUGCCGCUUCUACGCGCUGGGUCAUCGCGUGGACACGCAGGUGCUGGCCGUUGCGGUGGACGCCGCCCGUGCCACGCUCUGCUCUGGCGGACAGGACACGGACAUCACGGUGUGGGAUUUGGUGAGUCAGGAGGCGUCCUUCCGCCUGCGGGGGCACCGCGGUGGGGUAGUGGCGCUCUCGGUGGUGCCUUCCAGCGCCGCUGGUGCUGCCCCGGCGGCUGAGUCGUCGAUGCUGAAUACGAGUCGCGGCACGAACGGCGGUGUUGUGUCGCGUGAUCGCACGCUGCUGCUGAGUGGGUCAGCGGAUGGCCUCGUCAAGACGUGGGACCUCACCCUGCGUCAGUGCCUCUACACUGUCAUCGCCUCCGACACGCAGGUCACCGCCAUGGUGGCGGACUCGCAAGGGAGGCGGCUGUAUUGCGGCCUCCGUGAGAACUACCUGAAAGUGUACAACACGGAGCCGCUCCUGCUGGGCGAGGCGGCAGCAGUCAGCGGAGUCAGCAGUAACGCCGUCGCAUCCACGGCGCAGCGGUACGAGGAGGGCGCCAUCGUGGACCACGGCGUGGUGCCGCGCAAGUACCACAAGCCCAUCACCGCCCUCUCCUUCUCGCACGACGGGGCGUACAUAGUCGGCUGUACCAGCCGCACGGUGGAGGUCUUUCGCGUCUUGACCGCGGAGGAUGUGAAGAAGAAGGUGAGCCGCAAGCGCAAGCGACGGCGUGGCCCGGCCGAGGCAGAAGCGGAAGAAGGCGAGGCGGAGGCGCCGCAUGGCAGCAAGAAGAAAACCAACACGUCCACGAAGGACACCGCCGCGGGCGAUGACGAGGCGGAGGUCAGCGACGGCGAAGUCGACGAGGGCGACGCAGCAGCGCAACGGAAAGCCGGCGCAGGACCUCCGGCGCAGGCCACCGCCGCGGAAGAAGUGGUGCUUCUGCGCACCUUCUUCCUGUCUCAGAAAGUCCGCAGCGUGCACUUCAUCCCGCCGGCGGCGCGCGAGCAGCUGAGUGGGGCCGACACGUUGCACAUCGCCGUCAUGUACAACAACAACACGAUGGAGACGUUGACGACGACGCUGACGACGAGCGAGCGGGAGGGGGCUGCAGGGCAGACGCUGACGGACCUGAAGCCGCGGCACACCUUUGAAUGGAAGGGACACCACAGCGACAUCCGUGCCCUCGCCUUCGUCGACACGGACACGGCGCUGCUCUCGAUGAGCAAAGAGAAGGUCAUGAUGUGGUCCGUCGCGGUGAAGGAUGAUCAGCUGGACAGCGACCACCUCGACCACCACGAUUUCUACGACGCGAGGGAGGCGAACGUUGGCCGCGUGGACUUCAAAGGGUCGCUGAACAGCAUCGGCAGCGUCGAGGUGGAGGAGGCGACGUGCAUGUCGGCCAUCUCCUCUCUGCUGUGCUGCGUGGGUCAGCAGGACGGGUCUGUCUUGCUGAUAGACGUUGCCUCCUCCGCGGUGCUGCUGCGUGAGCCGGCGAUACACGUGGGUGGCGUCAAGCACGUUGCACGCAAGCCUGAUCGCGCCGGUUUUGUGACCCUCGGCGCGGAUCGCCGGCUGCUGUUGUGGUCGGUUGGGCUCUCCCAAGAAAAGGCUGCAAAGGCGAACGCAGGAAAGAAGAGCGGCGGAGACGAGGAGGAACAAGCGGAAGAGAAUGCGGUGGGUGCGGCCACCCUUGUCCAGGAGCAGGAGAUCGAACUCACCGAGACGCCGCUCUGCGCCGCCUUCAGCCCUGACGGCCGCUUCUUUGGCGUUGGGCUGCAAAACAACAAUAUCCAGCUCUUCUUUGCGGAUUCAAUGAAGCCCUACCUCUCGCUCUUCGGGCACAAGCUGCCGCCGACCUCGCUGUCCUUCUCGACGGAUGGCACGCUGGUCGCCUCCGUCGGCAUGGACAAGUCCCUGCGCUUCUGGGGCACCGACUUCGGUGACUGCCACCGCGCCAUCCACGCCCACGACGACUACGUCACCCACGUCGAGUUCCUCGAGGACACCCACUACGUCUUCACCGUGUCGAUGGACGGCGCGGUGAAGCAGUGGGACGGCGACAACUGGACGAUGAUUCAGCUCUUCCGGCAGCAUCAGCGCGGCGUCUGGGCGGUGGCGGCCACCGCCAACGGCACGUGCAUCGCCACCGCCGGCGUUGACCGCUGCGUGCGGUGCUUCCUGCGCACACAAGACAUCGUUUUCCCGCAGGAGGAGGAGGAGCGCAUGGCGCAGGAGGCGAUGGACGAGGAGGCGGCGAAGCGGGCUGCCCUGCAGAAGCUGGACAGCGCGGACAGCACCAACGGAGGAGCCGAGGUCGGCAUCGCAGGUCAGCAGACCGCCUCCACCGCCGAGGCGGCAGAGCGCCUGAUGGAGGCGCUCGACAUUGUCAGCGUGGAACAGCAGCGCCUGCAGCACAACGACGAGGCCACGCCGCGGCACCCGAUGCUGUUGAACCUGUCCAUCUGGGAGUAUUUGUGGUCGGUGAUCGAGACGAUUCGCCCGAGUGAACUCCGCUACACGCUGCUCUCGCUGACCAGCGUCCACGUCGAUGCCCUCCUGACGGCGCUGGAGUCGAUGCUGACGGAGAAGGCGGUGCUGAACUACGAGACGGCCUCGAAGAUGGUCUUGGCGCUUGUCCUGAUGCCGGCGGAGUCGGGCGCGACGCAGGGCCUGCGAGCGGCUGCCAUUCGCGGGGAGGUGUCGGAGGUGCGGGGGGCUCGCCGUCUGGCCACGCUCCGUCGCCGCAUCGCGGAAGGGCUCGACGAGAGCGUGAGCCGCAUGGACUACAGCGUGGCCGGCCUGCACAUGGUCCGUCAGCACCUGGAGGACGCGGAGAAGGUGAAGUUCUUUGACCGCAGCAAGGCGCAGGGCUACAAGCGCAAGUACCACAGCCGCGCCUUGCCGGGCGCCGACGGAGCUGCGAAGUAA